AUGCCAACCGUAAGUUACUUUUAUUCAGACUCCGAAUUUAAAGACAAAUGGAAAGCAUGUACUUCCAAUAUUUGAAGUAUGUAAAAAAAUUGUCAACGAUUUCUAGCUUUCUACACGUCUUUAAUAAUUUUAAAAAUCGAAAACAAUUACUCGUGAAAUUUUUAAUAUUUAACGAAUUACAAAUUUCGGUCAAGAAGAACAUUUCGAAGAAAAUUAAAAAGUUACAACCCCCCCCCCUCUUCUCUUAUAAUUCAUUAUAAUGUAUUAUUUAUCACAGAGUCGUCACGCCGAAGAAUUUCCAAGAGGAUAUCUACGACAAUUUGCUGUAAGUUAACUGUUUUCAAACAUUGAAAUAUGCGAAUAAAAUUGUGUUUUCAGGUUCGAAUAAGAAAUGAUGUUCUGCUGGAACAUGUUCGUGGAAGAUUCAAUGAGUUUGUAGAUCUGAAAAAAGAUAACAUUGCUGGAUAUGAUGCACUUGACGCAGCUAUAGUCAGUUUUAUAAUAUAGAAACCUUUCAGAAACGCUGAUAGAGACUUUAAAAAGUGACCAUCUGCAAAAUAUAGCAACUUGAAUAUCUUGAUUGUUUCGAAAGUUUUAUCAAUUACUAGCCAGACUAAAAAAUUUUUCAGAGAAAUGCUGUUGAAAAAAGAAAGGAGAUUUCACAACGUUUGGGAAACGAUGUAUAUGAUCCGGUUAGUUUUAAUUAUGUUCAAAUUAUAUUCUGUAAACCAUCACGUUUUCAUGAUUUGAACUGAAAACCUGAAACAAAGUUUAACAAUAUUUCAACAAAAAUCAUCAAAAUCAGAAAAAUCUCUUGUUUCACAGAUAUACAUGAGAGUUGAAUUGAGCGAUCUGGAAAAACAUCAACUUCAAAACAGUAAACAAUGUAUGCAAGAUAUCCUAGUCGAACUCACUCAAGUACAAGAAGAAAACUACGCCUCUCAUGAUAAGUUGGUUAGUUUUCAACAAAGACAGAUAGUCAGGAAAAUCUAGUCGAGCUUUUGGCUCAACAGCAAAAGAACAUGUCCCCCCCACACAGGUAUAGAUUUAUUUUUAUUUAAAAAAUUAUUUUUUUCAGAACUUGAUUGAGUCACAUAUCAGAAGAUUGGAAAACUUUGGGAGAACUUUUGUUGCUAAUUGUAACAUUCCACCAUUUUCUCUUCAAAACUCACAGGUAAUUAGAACAAAAACAAAAUCACAUAUGUAUAUUCCGCGUUUUUCAGUAUUAUCGAAUGCUUCCAUACUUCCCGGCUGUUCGAGUGAGUCAUUUUUUAUGGAUUUCUGUGUCCUUCUAUCAAAAAUCAAAACUAAAUUGCUUGCUCAUUCAUUGCUUUUUGAAAUUCAAAAUACUGCCAACAUGUCUCGCAAUCCAAAAAUAUUGUUCUUAUUUUCAGUUCGAGCCAGUUGCUCUUUCUCACUUUGCGGAAAUUCGUGCAAUGUUCGACGAACUGCUAGAUGAUGCUAAACGUCAUUUACUCGAAGUCAAGAAUUAUAUUGAUUCUCUUAUGGCGACCCAAGUGAGUUUAAUUUUCAAAUAUUGAAAAUGCCAAAAAUAUUUCUUAUCAUUUCAGGAAGAAAAUAACAAUGUUUUGGAAAAUAUUGUGGCUGGAAUUUUCAGUCGAAUGUAG